AUGCCUCUCCAAGCCCAACCCCACCCCCCAACCCCAGCCUACCUCCCCCUCCCGGGCUCCAUCCUCCACGCCGACCGCACCUUCUACCGCACCAUCGCCACCUCGCCACGCAGCCUCUGCCAAACCUUCACUCUCCCGAUCCGAUCCGGGCGGGCGUGGAAAGUUUCUGCGGGAAAAAUCAUUCGAAUUUCCACGCCCGAGGGCCCUCAAGUCGGGGAUUUGAAUAUUUGGAAUGCGAAUGAUCCGAGAGAGAAAUUUUGGGCGGCUAGGACGAGACAGUUGCAUGCUUCGCAUGUUUCUACGUUUGAUCGUUUGUGGAGUUGUUUGCCGUUUUUGAGGCCGUUGGGGACGAUUAUUGGGGAUUCUUUGGCUUGGGGUGGUGAUGAUGAUGAUGGGAAUGAAAAUGAAAAUGGUGAGGGAGGGGAUAAGGGAGGUGGAGGGUAUCCUCAACCCGACAAAUGGGGAGGACGAUGUCAUGAUUUAUUAGGAACAAGAUGUGACCCCUAUGUCAACCGGAUGUUGAGUGGAGAUUCGUAUGAUUUUCACUGUCAUAGUAAUUUGACGCGCGCGGUGAUGGAGUUUGGAUUGACGGAAUUUGAUGUGCAUGAUGUGUUGAAUGUGUUUCAGGUGACGGGGUUGGAUGCGAAAGGGAGAUAUUUUAUGGAGACGUGUCCGGCGAGAAAGGGGGAUUUUAUUGAGAUUUUUGCUGAACAGGAUUUGUUGAUGGCGCUUUCUACGUGUCCUGGAGGGGAUCUUUCGGCUUGGGGGUGGGGGGAGGGUGGGGAGGGGGUUGAGGGGGAGGAGAAGAAGAGUAUGUUGGAGUGUUGUAGGCCGUUGAAGGUGGAGGUGUUUGAGUUGGAGGAUAGAGAUGUGGUGUUGAAGGAUUGGAAGCCGUAUGAGAGUCCGGAUUAUCGAGGCAGGCAUGGGAUGAGUGUGCCCGAGGGAGAGAAGCAGAAUUGA